CAGUCCGCCAUUAAUUUUGCAGCACACCGCUUCGAGACCACAGCUCCGCCGUUCUUACUAUGAAUUUCGUUGACGAGGAUUUUGAACUGAGGGAGAUUCAGAGGCUGGAAGGUCACACCGAUAGGGUUUGGAGCGUCGCUUGGAAACCAGAUACCGGAAUCAAUGGUGUUCCAGCUGUACUCGCGUCCUGCAGCGGCGAUAAAACCGUUCGAAUCUGGGAACAAGACUCCACCGGCUCUUUCCACUGUCAGGCUGUUUUGGAGGAAACACAUACACGAACUGUUAGAUCAUGUGCCUGGUCACCGUCAGGCAAAAAUUUGGCAACAGCUAGCUUUGAUGCCACCACUGCUAUUUGGGAAAAUGUUGGGGUUGACUUUGAGUGUGUUUCCACUUUGGAGGGUCAUGACAAUGAAGUGAAAAGUGUUUCUUGGAAUCAUUCAGGCUCACUACUCGCGACGUGUGGACGAGAUAAGUCGGUUUGGAUAUGGGAAGUGUUACCUGGAAAUGAAUUUGACUGUGUUUCAGUGUUACAAGGGCACACACAAGAUGUUAAGAUGGUUCAAUGGAGUCCAUUAAUGGAUAUGUUGUUCUCAUGUAGUUAUGAUAACACCAUUAAGGUAUGGAUAGAGAAUCUCGGUGAUGAUUGGCAUUGUAUUCAAACUUUGGGUGAAUCUAAUAGCGGACAUACAUCUACUGUCUGGUCCCUCUCUUCCGAUGCUAGUGGACGAAAACUGGUUUCUUGCAGCGAUGACCUUACCAUUAAGGUAUGGAUAUUGAUUGAUGAUGACGACAGAAUAAUAGAUUGGAAUAAAGAGCCACCUUGGAAACAUGUUUGCACUCUAUCUGGAUAUCAUGAUAGGACAAUUUUCUCAGUUCACUGGUCGAGGGAAGGAAUAAUUGCUAGUGGAGCAGCUGAUGACGCUAUAUGUUUAUUUGUUGAGAAUAACGACAAUGAGGUUGAUGGACCUACAUUUAAACUACUUCUGAAGAAGGAGAAGGCUCAUGAAAUGGAUGUAAAUUCUGUGCAGUGGAACACUGGGGAUAGAAGGCUUCUUGCUUCGGCCAGUGAUGAUGGGAUGGUGAAGAUAUGGGAGUUGGUUCGACGCUCUGGACAGAAGCUGCCGUCAACAUAGCUUCAUAGCUGUGAUAUUAGAAAGCGAUGCAUAUCUUUUUUUCGAUGAUGUUGAAAUAUAAUUCACAGUAAUUUUGAGCCUUUUGGACCUUUUUCUGCUACCAGAAAAUGUUAGCUUUAGGCUUCAGAACUGGGGUGAUUAACUCCAACGGUUUGGUUCUUGCAGCGUUUGUGGCCUAUUGGUUCGGGCUUCAAAGAUAUGAGGCUGCAGUCUGCUUGUUAGUAGAUGACCAUCUUUUCAGGCUCGUCAAAUCUGAAUAUGUUUGUUGAUGUUGUUAUAUUCAUUCAAAGAGGCUGCAUUGCAGGUGUUUAUUACUAAUUUGUGGAGUCCUUUUAUAAAUUUGUCACCUCUACUAAAUUUCUUUGAUUUGUAUUUUAAUAUAACAUGCAUUAAGAAUAUAUUUAAGUUUUA